ACCAGGCAGACAUGGCUGCAACUCUGAAGGGAACUGUCGUCUGUCUUCUUCUUCUCUCCUCCAUCAGUCAAGGUGUCCAUGGAGUUGAAGUGUUCCACCGUGAGUGGGUGAGCGCUGUAGUGGGUGAGAACGUCAGUCUACCCUGUUUACUAGGAGAGAAGGAGGGACGUCAACCCCUCAUCUCUCAGGUUGAAUGGAGGAAGAAAGGAGAGCCAGAGGACCACAAGCUGGUGGUGUAUAACCCUAGUUUUGGUGAAACCCUCAGCUGGCCUAACGUCACCCUGGAGCUGUCGAGGGAUGGAAAGAACAAUCUAAUGGGCACAUCUCUGGUUCUGAAGGGUCUAGAGGCUAGGGACAGCGGGCGUUACAUCUGUGAUAUCACCACCUACCCCAACGGUUCCAUCAGGAAAGUCACUCGGCUGAAGGUUAAAGAUGAAAUACAGUGUGAUGCCAACAGGACCAUAGAGGUAGAAGCUGGUCAGAAUGUAACAGUUCACUGCUCUGCAGACGGCUCCCCCUACGUCCUCUACAGCUGGACCAAGGACAACCAGUGGAUUUCAGAUGGGGGAUCUCUGGAGCUUUGGUCUGUGAGCGAUUUUCAGGUGGGGGUUUACACACUGACCGUCACCGUGGGCAACAACACUGGCCUGGUGAGGAGGGUGGAGUUCAACAUCACAAUGCUGCAGACCACCACAGGGUCAGAUACAGGUCCUGCUACCACAGACACUCCUCCUCUCACUGUGACCACCAGCACCUGGCCUACAGGUACCGGCACCACCGUAACUGGACCUACAGGUACCGGCACCAACGUAACUGGACCUACAGGUACCGGCACCAGCGUAACUGGACCUACAGGUACCGGCACCACCGUAACUGGACCUACAGGUACCGGCACCACCGUAACUGGACCUACAGGUACCGGCACCAACGUAACUGGACCUACAGGUACCGGCACCAGCGUAACUGGACCUACAGGUACCGGCACCAACGAAACUGGACCUACAGGUACCGGCACCAACGUAACAAGCGAGAUGGCGACCCCCACAGAUAACCUCAGCAUCACACCAGACACCCUCACCUCCUCUACCGUACAGGAAGUCAACACCAGUAUCACCAUGACUACCUCUGUCACCCAGCCAAUCAACUCCAACACACACCGAUCAGUCAACACAGAGGCGGGAACAAAGCGGUCAGAGGUCAACAGCUCCACCGACAGUCCAAUCAGAGUCCCAUCCACGGCCCAAUCAGAUGAGCCCACUCCAUGGAGCGUCCAAUCAGAUGGCGGGCAGGGGAACGAGUCUGAAGCAGAGACCUCCAGUGGUGGUGGUCAGGGGGGCCCAGUGUCCACUAUGCUAUACCCAGAGAAGAGCACCCUAGCUGGGGAGAAGGAAGACCACACCCUGGGGACCUAUGGCGCUACCACCUCCACUGCCUCCCAUGGGGAUGAUGUGGAUGACACCACUGAAGUGAUGAUUGAGACAGGUCCCAGUAGUGGUCAGAGGUACAUGGUAGUGUGGGUGCUGCUUCCUGUCCUGGCUCUGCUGCUCCUGGUUGGGUUCCUCUAUAGACGAUUCAUCGCCCAGGAAAGGAUGGACAUGCCUCCCCCCUUCAAGCCUCCUCCCCCUCCAGUGAAGUAUACCUCUGUGAGAGCUCAUGACGUCCCCAUGACAGACAUCCUCACCUGAAGGAUAUUGUGGUUAUGUUAAGGUUAUGUUAUGUUAUAAUUAGAAUCAGAAUAGUCAUGGUUAUGUAAUGGUUGUGUUAUGGUUGUGUUCAUGAUGUCCCCAUGAAACACAUCCUCACCUGAAGGGGGAGCUGUUGUAUUUGUUUUAUGGUUAAAUGAAAAGCUCCUUUGGGCCCCAUUCAUUUUAUAGUCAUACUUAUUGUCAGAAAUAUAAAUUAGGCUUAAUAGUCUUUGCACUUUUACCGUAGAUUUACUGUGCCCAUGUUGUGUGGUUUAAUGGUAUCCCUUUACAAAGCUGGACCUUUCUUUCUGUCGUAUGUUGCUAUGCGUUUUUGGUUUUCAAGUCAUUGAGCUUUUACCAAAGAGUAUGAUAUUCAUUGUUACAGAAAUGUCUUUAUGGUUAAACUUUGGUGUGAAUUACGGAAACCAAAAUGUUCUGUAUUAAAUUUGUAAAUAGUAUACUUUUUUUA